CGAGUAGUAGCACGACCAACGUCCUCUAUCUCCCUUGCCUUACCCGACCGCGUGCAAUCAUGCGAUUUCUUUGCCUGCAUGGUGGGGGCACCAAUAACAGGGUAUACGAGUUACAAUUGGCUGCCAUCCGCCAUGAGCUAGGCACGGAACAUUCCUUCGAGUAUGUUGAAGGAACGAUUCCGUCCACGCAUGCUGCUGGGAUUGAGUCCCUAGUCACUACGGACGAAGAGUUCUUCAUGUACUAUCCGUACGAUCCGUCGGUAUCGGGCGUUGUGGAAGCAGUAGAGAAUCUACAGACAUACAUUGAAGAGGAGGGACCUUUCGAUGGGAUACUGGCUUUCUCACAAGCAUGCGGACUGGCUUCAACUUGGUCCUUUUGGAAUCCACAGGUAGCACAAGAUGCUGUGAGAGGGAUUGUAUUCUUCUCGGGGGAUGCUGCAAUAAGCGUACAGGGGCUGAGAGAGGGCCGUCUCGAAUAUCCGGAUGUGGCGGUUGAGGGCAAGGGCUCUAUGCCGUCUCUGCACGUAUGGGGUGCAAACGAUACAAUGAAUCCAGACAGGAACAAGAUCCUGUUCUCACAAUGGGACGAAGCCAAUGCUACCCUAUUGGUGCACGAGGGUGGACAUGAGCUGCCUAGCGCCGGGAUGAACUCAUCGGUUGUUGAAAUUGCUCAUCAAAUUCGAAGGCUGUGUGGCUAG